AUGACCAGAACUCGGAAUCCCCUCCCCCACGGUGUCUACGUCCCCACCGUAGCAUUCUUCAAAUCCGACGAAGAGGUUGAUCUUGAAACAGUCGAGAAGCACGCCACUUAUCUCGCCAAUAGCGGGGUAACCGGACUAGUAACCCAAGGAAGCAAUGGUGAAGCCGUCCACCUAGACCGCGAAGAGCGCAAAGCCAUCACGGCCGCCACACGCCGCGCCGUCGAUGCAGCAGGGUACAGCAACAUGCCCGUGAUCGCCGGGUGCGGUGCCGCAUCAACCCGCGAAACCAUUCAAUUCUGCCAGGACUCUGCUGCAGUAGGUGCGGAUGCUGUCCUCGUGCUCCCACCCAGUUACUACAAGACGCUCGUGAGCAACGAGUCCAUGCAAGCCCAUUUCCGUGCUGUAGCCGAUGCCUCACCCAUCCCCGUUCUCAUCUAUAACUUCCCCGCCGUGCAAUCUGGCCUCGAUCUCAGCUCAGAUGAUAUCGUGGCUCUGGCCGAACACCCCAAUAUCAUCGGGUGCAAGCUCACGUGCGGUAACACGGGUAAGUUGGCUCGUGUUGCGGCGGCGAAACCGGAGUUCUUGACUUUUGGUGGCUCGGCCGAUUUCACGCUACAAACUCUUAUUGCUGGUGGAGCGGGCAUUAUCGGUGGAUUGGCUAAUAUGAUUCCUCGUUCUUGUGUGCGGAUUAUGGAGUUGUAUCGGGCUGGGAAGGUUCAGGAGGCGCAAAAGCUGCAGGCUAUUGUUGCGCGUGCCGAUUGGGCUGCUAUUCAUGGUGGCUUUAUUGCUGUUAAGAGUGGUCUGCAAUCCUACCGUGGAUAUGGUGGUCUUCCUCGACGUCCUUGUGUCGUACCCUCUGCUAAGGAAGCGGAAGCCAUUAAGGAGGAGUUCCGGGAAGGGAUGGAAUUGGAAAAGACAUUGGAGGUUUAA